ACCGUCUUCUAGUCCGUCUUCCUCCUCCUCCUCUCUCUCUCCUCGUUGCCGUCGCGACUCGCGAGGAAGACUAGCAGUGGGCGCAGGGGUUUGGUUCGUGGCGAUGGAGAGCGGAGACGGAUCCUUGGAGGCGCGGCCCGGCGUCCUCCUCGUCGGCGCACCCGGCGUCGGCAAGAGAACCAUCCUCUCCCGGUUGCUUGCAGCUGAAAUACCGGACACACAUGACCUGUCAUCGGGUGUGCUGUGUCAGGGGUGGAACAUUGACACAAAGUACUACUCAGCGGAUCUUUCUGUUUGGACAGCACAUCUUGGGCAAGGGUUUUCUCUUGACUCCCUCCCACAUCUUGACCAGUUGGCUGCUCUUGUUAUGGUCUUCGAUAUGAGUGAUGAAUCAUCCUUCCUUACUCUCCAGAGCUGGGUUUCUAAUGUCGAUGUUCAGAGAUUUGAAAUUCUGUUGUGCAUAGGAAAUAAGGCAGAUCUUGUACCUGGCCAUGGUGCACAUGUAGAAUACAGGAGGCGUAUGCAAAAGAAUGGUGAGUCAAGUACUGAUCCACAUCCUGAAUACGUGGAUUUUGGGAUAAAUGAAAGUGAGGGCUGUGGCUUGUUAUCAGAGGAAGAACCACAUAUAGAGAUCAGAGGCUCCACUUCACAGUGGUGCAUUGAACACAACAUUGAGUAUGUUGAAGCUUGUGCUUCCAAUACGGACUUUGAUAAAUGUCUAUCGGUAAAUGGUGAUAGUCAAGGCUUAGAGCGACUCUUUGGAGCCCUUUCUGCACACAUGUGGCCUGGAAUGAUUCUGAAAUCGGGAAACAGAAUAACCGCUCCAUCCUUGGUUGAGAAAGAAGAAUCUACAGAUGAUGAAUCGAAUUAUGAAUUCGAGUAUGAAGUUCUGUCCAAUGGAUCUGAUGAACAAUGGGAAUUUAUUGGUGAGUCGAGUACAUCAAGAGACUUGGAGGGAUUAAAUGAAGAUACAGCUACCCAUGAUAAAACACAUCAAGCUGUGUAUGCUGAUGCUAAUUCGUUGGCACCCAAUCCUCGUCCAAAUGGCAAAAUGACAGAAACUCCUGAGGAAAAACCUGUAUCUCAGAGCGAUAAAAGUGAGGUUAGUAAUAAUAUGGAAAACACACAGGCCGAUUCUUCAGAGGAACUGCAAGCUGGUAUCCCAGAGGUUAACAAGCCAUUUGACGAUGAGCAUUACGGCCUAGAUGAUCUAGAGCGGCUAAUGUCAGAGAUUGGCAACAUGCGCUCCAACUUAAGGCUCAUGCCUGAUUUCCAAAGGAGGGAGAUGGCUGCCAAGUUAGCCAUGAAAAUGGCAGCUAUGUUUGGUGAUAACGACGAAGAGGGCUCUGAGGAGAUCUGAGUUAUAUGACCUAUCAAUUAUGACAUGCUGGUUUGUACAGCAGUACACUAGUACAGGGCACAAGGCCGAGCAGGCAAUCUCUAUACGAUGUCAUGAUUCCCAGUGAAAUUUUGUAGGUGUACUACCUUGAGUUAUUCCGUAUUUACCAUUGUUACUGUUGUAAGAUGUAU